AAAAUUCCCGUUAAGGACCAUAGAAUAAUAACGCCAAAAGAGAAAGGCAUAAUCAGACAUUAUGGUCAAAGUUACGCGGGGAGUUCUGUGCAUUUUCCUCCUCUUCUUGUUUAUAAUACUUUUCAUCUUUUAACGGAUGUAAAAAGACGCAAGUUAAAAAAUAUUAAAUGUUUUUAUUAAAUACUUUAAAUUAUCAAAAAUUAAAUUUUAUUUUAAAAUAAUAAAUACUCCUAUUUUCAAUAAAAAAAAUUACUUUUAAUUUCUUAGUACAUAUGAAAAAAGCUUAAAAGAUUUUCUCCCUCUUUAUGCUGGACACAGUACAGAGUAUUUAGAGAGAAAAACAAAGAAAGAGGAUAAUGAAUGGUGACAAGAAUACAUCAAUGUCCUUACAUUUCCUACCCUUUAAAUAAUUCAUAACUGUAUAAAUUGUGCCAACAUAUGUGACAACGAAAAGUUAAAAAAUUUAAAGGGUUUUGCCUUGAAGGAUGCGUGGAUUUGGCCGCAUAAACGGUCACGUGUCAACUCAACCAAGCAAAGCAUAUUAGUUUGGAGAUUACAUGCAUUGAUUUAAUCAAAUAAUCUUCAUGCAUAUCCUAGAAUAUCCAAAGGGAAACCAAGGAAUUAGAAUCCCUUGUCAAGAAACAAUGAAAGGUAACGCAGGCAGUAAUAUGAAAGACAGAAAAUAAAAAACAAAACUACAUUCGUUUAUAUUAUGUUGGAAGCUAGCAUAGGGUGGAAACUAAGUGCAAUACACCCCUUAGUACACAUAGGAGGAUUUUAAAGCUUCAACUCUAAACAUUGUGUUCUCAAAUAUCAAUGCAUUUUCCUUGAACCAGCUGAUAUUUGAGAAAUCCGUUAUUCCCCAUGAUGUUUAGUCCAGCUUUUGGAAAGCAAUAUCUCAUUUGUCAAAAUUCAUAAAGACAAGUGAACUUGGUUCUUAUAAACGUAGCAUGUUCCUGCUCUUUCCUUUUGAUCACAUUCUGCCAUCAGAUACCAACCUUUGUUCAGUACCAUGGCCUCAAACCAAGGUGUACUAUUAACUCUUGACAAUGCCAAAACACAAAGCUACCAUUACAAGGCAAUUGUGAUCGCUGGGAUGGGGUUCUUCACAGAUGCAUAUGACCUCUUUUGCAUCACUGCAGUUACAAAGCUUAUAGGUCGCUUGUACUACUUUGAUCCCACUAGUAACAGUCCAGGGAAGCUUCCAACGAAUGUAAACAAUGCAAUAACUGGGGUUGCAUUAUGUGGAACCCUUUCAGGACAGCUCUUCUUUGGCUGGCUGGGUGAUAAACUCGGCCGAAAAAAGGUUUAUGGCAUAACUCUUGCAACAAUGGUGGGGUGUGCCUUAGCAUCAGGACUUUCUUUUGGCUACACAGCCAAAAGUGUGAUUGUUAGUCUAUGCUUCUUUAGAUUCUGGCUUGGAUUUGGCAUUGGAGGAGACUACCCUCUCUCUGCCGUUAUAAUGUCUGAAUAUGCCAAUCAAAAAACCCGAGGAAGUUUUGUUGCUGCUGUUUUUGCAAUGCAAGGGAUAGGAAUAUUGGUUGCUGGAGGGGUAGCCAUGUUGGUGUCUCGACUGUUCUUAGCAUCUUAUCCUGCUCCUGGUUUUGCAAAAAAUCCUGUGCUAUCUACUCAGCCAGAAGGAGAUUUUGUUUGGAGAAUAGUGCUCAUGUUUGGUGCAUUUCCUGCAGCCCUCACUUACUACUGGAGAAUGAAAAUGCCAGAAACUGCAAGGUACACUGCCUUAGUGGAAGGAAACCACAAGAAGGCUGUUGAAGAUAUGGCCAAAGUUCUUGUUAAGGAUAUACCUUCAGAAGAAUCAAAUAAUAGGAUUUCUUCCAUGCCUAGCCUCUCUUAUGGAUUCUUCUCUUCAGAGUUUCUCGAAAAGCAUGGCCUUCACCUUUUGGGAACAACUAGCACCUGGUUCUUGUUGGAUAUUGCCUUCUAUACCCUUCUGCUGACACAAAAGGAUAUUUACCCUGCAAGUGGACUUGUACCAAAGGCUUCCAGAAUGAAUGCUAUAGAGGAGGUGUUUGAGCUCUCCAAAGCAAUGUUCGUGGUGUCCCUGCUUGCCACAGUACCUGGAUACUGGUUCACAGUGUACUUCAUUGACAAGAUAGGGAGGUACAAAAUCCAGCUUGUUGGAUUCUUUUUAAUGUCUGUUUGCAUGUGGUUGCUGGGGCACAAUUAUGGAAAAUAUAGGGGAGUUUCUGACUGUGGCCCUGAUGCAAAAUAUGAUUAUUGUCAUGGAGACCAUACCAUGUUUUCCAUUCUUUUUGGAGCUAGCCUUUUCUUUGCUAACUUUGGACCCAAUAGCACAACAUUCAUAGUUCCGGCAGAGUUGUUUCCAGCUAGAUUCCGUUCGACGUGCCACGGGAUAUCAGCAGCUGCCGGGAAAGCUGGAGCUAUCAUUGGUGCUUUUGUGGUGCAAAGCAACAUAGAAAAUGCGGAUAACAAAACAAAAGGAAUGAAGAAGGCACUUAUGGCACUUUCAGUAGUCAACAUGCUUGGAUUCUUCUGCACUUUCUUAGUGCCAGAAACACAAGGCCGAUCACUAGAAGAAAUCUCAGGAGAGGAUAAUGAACUCCCCAGCAAUAUUACUGAAGAUAAUGAGAAAGAGAUGACAAAUGAUGUAACUGAGGGAACAAGAAAUACUAGUGUUGAUAAGCCUCCAGGAACCAUAAUAGUUUAGUUCCUGGGCUUACAACUAGAAUAUCCCAACCAGAAGCAUCAAUAAGAGAAUAAAAGGAAGAAGGACAGCAAAUAAUAAUGUUUGUUUCAGUAAUUUCUCCAGUGUUUUCAAUGUUUUACCUGUGCUUUAUACACUAGCCAGGCUG